AUGCCUCUCAUUGCCCAGAAUCUCCAGCCUCGAAUCAUCCUCGGGUUGAUGACCUUUGGUCCCAGCGAGGACAAAGGUGCCCGCAUCACCUCACUUGACGAAUAUAACCGCUGCCUCGAUCACUUCCAGCAGCAAGGCUUCAACGAGGUCGACACCGCACGGGUCUACGUGGGUGGAGAGCAGGAAGCAUUCACUGCCAAGGCUAACUGGAAAGAUCGAGGCUUGAAACUCGCGACUAAAUGGUAUCCGCACCAGCCCGGCGCGCACAAGCCGGCCGUCCUACGUGAGAAGCUCGAGCUAUCCCUCAAGGAGUUGAAUACCAACCAGGUUGAUAUUUUCUAUCUGCAUGCCCCAGAUCGAUCGGUUCCUUUUGCCGAGACUCUUGAGGCUGUUAAUGAGCUUCAUAAGGAGGGCAAGUUUGUCGAAUUGGGUCUAAGUAACUAUACGGCCUUCGAGGUCGCCGAGAUUGUUACUCUCUGCGCUCAGAAGGGCUGGGUGCGUCCUACAAUAUUCCAGGCCAUGUACAAUGCCAUCACUCGCAAUAUUGAGACUGAGCUGAUCCCCGCCUGCCGCCGCUAUGGCCUCGACAUUGUCAUCUACAAUCCCAUUGCCGGUGGUCUAUUCUCCGGAAAAUUUAAGACACACGACAUACCUGCUGAGGGGCGAUACAGUGAUGCUAGCGCCACAGGUGCCCUUUAUCGCAAGCGCUACUUCAAGGAUGCGAACUUUGAUGCUCUGAAAAUUAUCGAGCCCGUUGUCGAGAAACACGGUCUCACUCUCGUGGAAACAGCAUUGCGCUGGGUGCGCUACCACUCGGCUCUCAACAUCGACAACGGUGGCCGGGAUGGUAUCUUGAUCGGAGUUAGCAGCUUCGGCCAGUUAGAGGCCAACCUGCGAGACCUGCAGAAGGGUCCACUCCCGGAGGAGGUGGUGGAGGUUCUUGACAAGGCGUGGUUGAUUACGAAGCCUACGUCUCCGAACUACUGGCACCUGGAUCUCAAGUACACAUAUGACACCCAGGAGGCCCUGUUCAAGCCCAAGUCGAAGGCUUGA